AUGACGGCUCUGGAUUGGGACGACGAGGUUCCUAAGGCUCUUGCGGAAAGGUGGCAAGCAUUUCGGGACGGCUUGCUGGGGAUAGACGGCCUGAGCAUACAGCGGUGGAUUCAUUAUUCCCCAGGAUCCAUAGUAUCAGCUCAGCUGCACGCGUUUUGUGACGGGUCUUCCACGUCCCUUGCAGCUACUACUUAUCUAAGGCUCGAGCACGGGGAUGGAGCGUGCUACGCCUCGCUGUUGGCCGCAAAAUCAAAGGUUACCCCUACUAAACCCCUAACCAUACCAAGAACGGAGCUGAGUGGUGCAGUGCUAGCCGUCAAGUUGGUGAAAUGGCUUACAACGGCUAGGUGGCUAAAUGACCUUCCCAUCCAGACCUUUUAUUGGACAGAUGCCACGAUUCUUCUUCAUUGGCUGCACGGGGACGUCAAUAGAUGGAAGACGUUCGUUGCCAACAGGGUCGCCUUCAUUCUGGACCACUCGUCGCCAUCGCAAUGGAGACAUGUAGGUACUAGCGAGAAUCCAGCGGACUGUGCGACAAGAGGGCUUCCUCCGAGCGAGCUAAAGGAUUUUGAUUUGUGGUGGCGAGGCCCGGAGUGGCUUACACGCAAGCAAGGUGACUGGCCUUCGACGGAGAUCGGGCAGGUCGACAUACACGAUGCCGCGCUGGAGGCAAAGGCGGACAAGGUACGCGUUCACCUGGCAGUUCCGCAACCAUCGUUGGUUGAGAGGUUUUCCAGUUUCAGCCAGGCCAUAAGAGUCACAGCAUUUAUAAUUCGGUUCAAAAGCAAUGCUAUUAGCAAAGGAGAGAGGUGUACCGGUCCCCUAAGCAUUAAGGAGCUCGACUAUGCUUUACUCGCCAUCGUGCGCAUUGUUCAAAGGGAGUCCUUCUCGUCUGAGCUGGCCGCAUUGAUGAAUUCUAAACGGCUGCCCUCCAAAAGCAAGCUUCAGAGUUUGUCACCGAUCGUGGUGGAGGGAAUCUUACGAUUCUCAUAUUUUUACAGAGCUAGUAAUACGGUACUCGCAUACUUUGACUCUGCACGGAGGUGCGCAGCUGACCUUGGCCCACGCUCGCCAGCGGUUCUGGAUACUGACGGGGAGGCAAGCAGUUCGAAGGGUGCUACGGAAGUGCGUGAGGUGCUUUCGCACCCGGCCAACCCCCUCGGCUCAGCUCAUGGGAGACCUGCCGCUACACAGGGUCAACCCCCUAACCGACCGUUCCUGGCGACGGGAGUUGACUACACAGGCGCUAUAGAGCUGAAGGCAGCGGGCUUGAGAGGAACCAGGUUCUACAAGGGAUACAUCGCCGUUUUCAUUUGUCUGGCGACGAAGGCUGUACACUUGGAGGCAGUGACGGGUCUCACCACGGAGCAUUUCUUACUGGCUUUAGACCGGUUCACCGGGCGGCGAGGGAUGGUUCAACAUCUAUACAGUGACAACGGAACCAACUUUAUCGGCGCGGAUAAUCUAAUGAAGGCAUUAUUCGGAAGGCUGCAGGAGGAUUACGAGAAGCUCAUAGCCCCAAAGCUCGCUGCGCAGCGUGCCACUUGGCAUUUUAGUCCACCUCAAUCGCCCAACUUUGGCGGGCUGUGGGAGGCCAAUGUGAAGUCGGUGAAGCACCACCUUAAGAGGGUCAUCGCCGAUCGACGGCUCACCUAUGAGGAGUUAUCUACGGUGCUCAUAAGCAUAGAAGCAUGCCUCAACUCGCGGCCGCUGUGCCCUCUCACAGCCGAUGCUGACGAUCUAGAGGUGCUUACGCCGGCUCAUUUUCUAAUUGGAGACUCCAUGUUGGCGCCUCCGGAGUAUAAACCGCAGUCCAAGUCCUUCGCAGAGCAGUUUCUUAUCCAGCAGUCAAUGAUUCGCCAUUUCUGGAAGGCUUGGAGUCGAGACUGGCUGGCUCAUCUGCAGCAGAGACCGAAGUGGUGUCAUGAGGCUGAAGGUUUGCAGUUGAACGACCUUGUCAUCAUCAAGGAUGACCGAUUUCCGCCGUCACAAUGGCUGUUAGGACGGGUCGUCGAGUUACACCCAGGGACGGAUGCGUUAGUCCGGGUGGUAACCCUUAAAACCAAGCAAGGCCAAUUAAAACGCUGCCCCGCCUACUACCCCCAGGAUGGACUGGACACGCGGAGAUGUCUAGGUCUAGCAUUGGCGGGCGGCAUGUUCAGUUUUGCUGCGUGUCCCACUGUGCGGGAGAGUGACGAUCAGCCGAUCGCUCGCUCGUCGCUGGACAGUGCAUACGAUGCGGGAAGAAGAGAAUGGAAGAGAGGGGAAAAAUCAGUCUGA